ACCAACAUGAAGAAUCAACAUCAACUUCAGAUGAAGAGACAGACCCACAGAACAGAGAUCAGAGGAAGAGAAGAGACAGAAGUCAUGUCCAAAGUAUGGCCAACUCUCACAUGUCAGAAGUUCAGUGUGACUCUGUUGUUAGAAAAAAGUGCAAGAUGAAAACUUCUGUUAAGAAACAUAAACAAUGCCCAAAAGAAAUGAGACUUUCUUCUGCAGGGUCUGGAAAAAGAACAAGAAUUUCACAUGUGCCUGUCCACAUGAGAACCAAGUCUGAUGAAGGACUUUAUGUCUGUGAGGAAUGUGACAGAAGUUUUAGUCACCUAUCUAAGGUCAAAAUGCACCUGAGAAUCCAUACAGGAGAGAAGCCUUUUUCUUGUGAAGAAUGUGAUGCACGUUUUAGUUGUAAAUCUCAUCUCAAAAGACACAUGAGAACUCACACAGGAAAGAAGCCUUUUUUGUGUAAAGAAUGUGCCAUAAGUUUUAAUCAAAUAUCUCAUUUCAAAAAGCACAUGAGAACUCAUACAGGAGAGAAGCCUUUUACGUGUAAAGAAUGUGAUAAAAGUUUUAGUAAAACAUCUAGUCUCAAAACACAUAUGAGAACCCAUUCAGGAGAGAAGCCUUUUUUGUGUAAAGAAUGUGAUAAAAGUUUUAGUCAAACAUCUAGUCUUAUACUGCACGUGAGAACUCAUACGGGAGAAAAGCCUUUUUUGUGUAAAACAUGCGAUAAAACAUUUAUUUGCUCAUCUCAUCUCAAAAAACACAUGAGAACUCAUACAGGAGAGAAGCCUUUUUUGUGUAGAGAAUGUGAUGCACGUUUUAGUAAUAAAUCUGUUCUCGUAACACACAUUAGAACUCAUACAGGAGAGAAGCCAUUUUUGUGUGAAGAAUGUGGUGCACGUUUUAGAGAAAAUUCUAAUCUCACAACACACAUGAGAACUCAUACGGGAGAGAAGCCUUUCUCGUGUAAAGAAUGUGACAGAAGUUUUAGCCAAAUAUCUAAUCUCAAAGCACACAUGAGAACUCAUACAAGAGAGAAGCCUUUUUUUUUUAACCCUUCCGCUAUUUUUAAGAUGAUUCCACCCUUGUAUUGAUGUGUGGUUCCUCCCAUGAUAAAUGUGGAUGAAAGUGGACAGGAUUUUAUGUCUGCCACAGACAUCAGUGAAACUCAAAAAUCAUUAAUAAAAAAAGUUCAUCGUGUUGUCUUCUAGGGUCCAUAUGACCCCACUAGCAAUGUCAGCAUACCUAGGAUAAUGGAAGGGUUACAUAAGUAAAAUUAUCAGCAGAGGACUCGUGAUGAAAAGACAAUAAUGGUUUAUCUAGGAUGGUUUACAUAUUGUGAAAAACAUUUUUCCCUUAAUUUAAGGGUCAUGUAAAAUUAACUUUUAAAGAGUUCAUUAUAAUGUUCAGUCCUCACUAUAAGGAAGCCCAAAGCGGUAUUUUGAUCUAUUCAUGCAUUUCUGAGUAAUCAUCUAAAAAUCUGUGCUCUGAGCACCAGUCCCUCCUAACCCACUAAAACAAGCUGGUUUUCACAAGCUGACAUCACAAAGUGAGGACGGACCCUUUCAGGAAGUGUCUCCUCUGCUAGUACUGCCCCAGGAUAAACACCUUCAAAAUUCUUUCAUUUUAGCAUUGAGUCUGAGAAGAAAUGGGUUCCUCUUUCACCUGAUCUGCAGAGACAGAUUAGAUCUAUAUGGAUGUAGUUUGCUCUGAAAGGCUUAAGAAUAUUGUCUAAAGUUGUUCAGGUAAGCAUUGUGGUUGUAGUUUAUGUUGAGACAAUGUGUGUGUUACCAUGAAAACACUCAAACUAGUUUUACACAUUUAUAAUUCUAACACUGAUUUUUGAAUAUUUCAAUAUUGUGUUUUUUUUAAGAAUAAAAUAAUUGCGGUUUGUUUUGUUGAUUCAUGUUUGUAAAUAACAGUUUUGUGAGAGUCCGACCGGUGUUUGUGUUGUUGUGAUUCCUGUUUUGUAUCAGAGAUUAGAAGUGUUUCUCUGUUCUUUUUAGUCGUCAAUGUUCUGUUCCAAUCUUUCCUGUGAAGAAUAAAGUGGACGUGAACAUCU